CGCCACGGCCCGAGGGAUUCCUGGUUCCGCUCUUUGCCCGAGGAUGUUUCGACGUGGACGUUGAUCGGCCUGUUGCGUAACCACGGACCGGCUGGCCAGUGUUUCCGUGUGGGGACGUCUGUGUGUUGGACGAACGAAACGCGUGUGCUUGUUGGUUCAUAUUGUUGUUGUUGUUGUGCGGGAAUCCUCGAUAGACCGGAGGCGAUUCAGUAAACUGAUCGAUGACGAAGUUGAGUGUGCAUGAAUGGAAGCCGCGUCAUAAUUAAAUGAGGAGCAAACAUCUGAAAGGAAAUUUUUUGCAAAACCGGUCGAUAUCGAUGAACGAGCGGAGCAAGUGACAGCUACUGAACUGAAGAAUCUUGUAAACGUAACCCUCUGUCGGGUGAAAAGAAGAAAACUGAUGCGAGCAUGAUAUAGCAUGAAAAUAGUAGAAAUCGCAGUGCAGUUUACGAGCAACAGGACCGAAACCCGCCACACGGACAGGAAGUGUACGCGAGCCGAUCGGUGCAAUCUCGUUACCAGUGGUGAUCUGCGACUAGAUUCUAUGGUGAAAUCGGGCCGAGUCCAGGCUGCAUGUGAGCACGGUAAUCAGCAAAGAACGUACGUACACGUACAAACGAUCUCGUGAUUGUACGCGGUUGACUGCAUUUUUUGCGUCGUUUCAAAACGUCUACAUUCAACUCUGACUGAACUGGAACGUUCAGUUUUCAUUCGCCGGUGCAGAUUAUUUUAUACGCGUUCGUUUUGCAUCUCGGUGUUUACGGCACACGACCAUGGGUAACUGUCGUGAUGUUCUUGGUAAAUUCCCGUGCCCCGAGGGAGACUGUCAGGGUGGCACAACGCGACGAAACCAGGCUGACCACGUCAUUCCACGCGAAUCACAUCGAUCCGUGUAAUUUGGCAGGAUUUAAUUACACCAAGGAAGCCGCGUUAUUAAGUCCCACAGGGAAGGGACCGAAAGAAUUCAGGUUUCCUGCGUCAUCGAUCAGCGGAACCGGUGGAAAGCCGGAGACUUUAAUGCCCGCACGGACGCACGCCAUGGGAUCGUUUUACGUCUGGUUUUAAAGCUGCCUGUGCUCCAAACACGUGAACGUCUCUGUCACUGAAAUCGAUCGUUUUUCACCGAUUCCUCAACAAAUUUCGAUAAAAAAGUGCCUCGAAAAUACUUCAUUCCGAAGAAUCUUCUCUAUCGAAUACCUAACUGGAUAUCGAAGUCUGGAUUUAACUGGCUAUUUAAUUCGUUAUCGAACAUCUAAGUGGUUACCUAAUUCUUGAUCUAAGUGGAUACUUCAUUCUUGAGCGAAUGACUAAAUGGAUACUUGAUUAAACAUCUAACAUCUAAUUCUUAACACCUAACUAAAUAUCUGACUGAGGAGCUACACAGUUUAGACUCAUCAGAUUUUCACACGAGGAGUUAAACUUGUUGAAAUUCGUUGAACUUUGAACCGUGAAUAUCGAAUCGAAACUUUAAGCGAUCGAAGUUUUGCACGUACACCGGCAUACCGUCAAGCAGGUGUUUGUGCACGGCUUCAAGAAGAAAAAGAGGGUCACGCUCGUUUGGAAAAUUGGAUGUGCUCCAGAGGGACUCUGUUUAGCGGCGAGUGGGACCGUUAUCGAGGACAGGCGAUUUAUCAGCCCAUUGUCUUCAGGCUGGUCGGAUGUGCCUCAGUUUCUGGCAUGGAAUCGCAUGCCGAUGCACGAAACCGCCAGUUUUAACGAACGCAAUUCUGAUCGAAUGUCAACGAAGCCACACAGAAGGCGAACGGGCCGGCGAUUAACAGCCGAGGUCGUAAAGUACGGUUCUCGCCGAAAUUACUGGAUUUAACGAACGGACGUAAACCGGUGCUCGGAAAAGUGAUUGAUGACAAGCGUAUGCCGGAAACGUUUCGCGAAGUUAACCGUUUUUAACGAAUUUAAUUGGAUGACGUAGCGCUCGUGGGAGCUAUUCGGUUAAAGAGGAACGAUAAGGUUGACACGAAAGAAACUGAGCAGCAAACGAAGACUCUAUGAACGUGCAUCCGUACUCACUCGAACAGUGGAGGUGCUUCGUUGCCACCUCUCGGCAGCCGACACACAGUGUCCCGUCGAAGACGAGACCCGACUGUCCGCGAAUUCUGGUGAUCGUGACCGAGCAAGCAUCUGUGCCAGCUCCGGCAAAAGUGGCUCAUCAUGUCCGUACUGGAGGGCGGUGAAGCCGACAGGACGACUAUGUCACCGCUGGACGAAGUCGUGUCCCCGACGAGCGUCGAGUCGGAACUGAUGGUCACCGACAUGUUGGACGAGCACGAGACCACGCUGAACGAGCACAGGGACGGCAAGCGAAAGAGAGACACCGACGGCGAGGAACUGACACCCAGGAAGCUGCCAUCACUGACGAGGAACAACAACGACGUGGGCUUCGUUCUCGAAGAGAGCGCCGACGACGAGCUUCACGAGGAUAGGGAUGACGACCGUUUAACUGGUCACGGGGGUAUUUCCUCGCUGGGCGGUGGAAAUUCCUCGCCGUAUUCCGGUGCCCAUCACCAUGGUCACAGAGGCAAUGGAAACGGCAGUGGGAUGCCCCAUCACGGUGGCGCAUCUUUGCCCACCGCCUCCGACUUUCAACCACCAUAUUUUCCACCCCCUUUUCCAUCGCACCACCACGCGCCAGCGAGUCCUCAACACCCUGGCCUUGGACAACCGCAACAUCUCGAUUACCUCGUUGGCGAUCCUUACACGCAAACGCUCAACACGUUACAUCAACAUCACUAUAAUCACCUGAGCGCUGCUGUCACGGCUGGCCAAAGGAGCGGCGAUCUCAGGAGAGACGCUGAGGGCAUCCAUGUGACGAACAUGCACGCGUCGUUUCCAUACGACGGUGGCCGUAGCAGCGGCGGAGGCGGCGGCGGCGGUGGUGGUGGAGGAGGUGGCGGUGGCGGACGGGGUGUCGAAUACGGCGCCGUCCGGCGUCCCGACGCCCUUCUGCCACCUCCAGGCCUCGACCAAACCGACCUCGUUCUCCACAGCAGCCUCGUAGACGACCCCCAGGUGAGCGACGAUAACACAAACGUAGACGAUGGAGGGUUCAUGAACGAUCUGCCUCUUCUGAAAAACAUGAAGCCAUCGGACAGGAGCGAGAAGGCAAUGCUGACCGGAAACGCACAACCUUCGGACGUGUUCUGUUCGGUUCCAGGACGAUUAUCGUUACUAAGCAGCACCAGCAAGUACAAAGUUACAGUAGCCGAGGUACAAAGACGACUAUCGCCACCGGAAUGCUUAAACGCGAGUCUCCUUGGUGGAGUCUUACGAAGAGCAAAAUCCAAAAACGGCGGACGUCUGCUUAGGGAAAAAUUGGAGAAAAUUGGGUUAAAUCUGCCAGCCGGAAGGAGGAAGGCAGCCAAUGUUACGCUCUUAACUUCAUUAGUGGAAGGAGAAGCCAUUCACCUUGCCAGAGACUUCGGCUAUGUUUGCGAAACCGAAUUCCCUGCGAAGCAAGUUGCCGAAUACCUGAGUCGACAACAUUGUGAACCGCAAGAUUCCUACAGGAGAAAAGAACUUCUUCAUGCCACCAAACAAAUCACCAAAGAGCUGAUGGAUCUUCUGAAUCAAGAUAGAUCUCCACUUUGUAACACACGGCCACAACAUAUCCUCGACCCAAGCAUACAGAGACACCUAACACAUUUCUCUCUCAUAUCACAUGGAUUCGGAAGUCCUGCAAUCGUAGCCGCUCUCACGGCAAUACAGAAGUUCCUAAGCGAGUCGCUGAAUCACCUGGAGAAGAUGUACCCAGGGAACGGGAGCGGCGUAACAAGUAGUCAGCAAUCGAAUCUCGACACGAACAAGAGCAAGGACGGGACGUUGAUGAACGACAUGAAGAAGUGACGCCCGGAAGACCCGCCUACCUCGAACGUGGUCACUUCAAUCAGGCACUCAUGGCCGUACAACUGAGCUUUCGCGAGCUGUCCUCAUCGCGAAUGGCUUCUGGUGGACCACUAAAACGACGCGUAUGUCCGUGCACAGACCUGCACAUUGAAUAAUCAAAAUAAAAGAAAUAAUAAGCCCACCAAUCGCAAGGGAAACAAGCGUGACAGCUAGGCGCGGAUAUCCGUGUUCGAGGUUGGCUGGUCGAAUGUGUUCUAGGUGUACGACACGAAGUCACGAGAAAUGUGCAAUGUGAAAUCUAGCGAGAUUGGACCUCGGCAAGGGUCGAGAGUCCUGGUCGAAUCGGCCGGCAGUGGACACACGAGAUACUUCAUUUUUCUCCUUAUUUUUAGCGAAUCGGGAUACUCUUUCGAUGUUCAGGAAACAUCCACACACAUUUGCAGUCGUAUCAUGUGUAUCGAGAACUCGAGUAACGAGGUAGGAAUAACUUUGUACUCACUGCCUACUUUAGUUGAGACGCAUCUAUGCUGAUCGAGAAGUAUCGAUCGAUUCGACGGGAUCGAGUCCGAUCCUUGGUUUGAAUGCUUCGAUUAUUUCUCUCUUGUUUCCUUAGGUUCCUCGUGAAGGAUACUCGAACGCGUACUACUACUUGUGAUAGGCUUAGCGAUAGUCGAAACGUUUGUGCAAUCGUUACGAUUAAUCUUCGCAAUGAUUCUUUGCCGUGCUCCAAACUUGAAGAUCUAACAACUGAGGCUUAUCGGAACGGUCGAGAUCGUUUUGUUGAAAUGCAGCGUAGAACGUGUAGACUUGUUCGUGAUAUGAUUCGAACACGAUUAGAAAUUUAUUCCCAGUUUCGAACGCGUUAACCUUUCCAGUGCUGAAUUCUUUGGAUAUGCUUGGCGGAAUCUGGCUGACUGCAGGGUUAUUAAUCAAAUUUAUGUUGCAUGCAUUCACUGUAAUAUUUUAGGUAUCAUUUUUCUGAUACUGAGAUUACACGGUUCAUGAUCUUUCCUGAUUUUACAGAGUUUUGAAUUUGCGAAUUUUUUAGAUUAGUAAUGAAAUUUGGAAAUUUGGAAAUACUGAA